AUGUCGAUGGGAGAGGAAGCUUCGACGGCACGUUGGCAAGUGGCGACGACAUUGAAGGGAAUAACAACGACGAUGAGAGAAGUGAGGGUGAAGGGUGACAUCGACGACGACACAGGGAGAAGGGGAGGAUGGGAGAGUCAAACAAUCAUGUCUAGGCAAAACAUGCCACGCCCGCAAUCCUCAAACCGCCGCCAACCGCUCCUACCGACCCAAGCGUCAUCAGGGAAGUCCCGGCUAGCUGAGGUCCCGGCGGGGCUUUGCCGCCGCGCACUGAAGAGGAAGCGGACUCGGCAGCUGGUCAAGAAGGGCCUGCUUCCGCCUCGGCGCCACCGGUACUCGUGCGGGUAUGAUGAGACCGGGAUACAGAUUCACCAGGUGGUGGCGGUUGACGGCUUGUCGCCGGAGCUAAAGUCGAAGCAGAUGGAGGAGUCGGAGAAGGAGGUGAUGAAGCUGGAGAAGGAAAUGUGGGAGAGGUUUUACGGUACUGGGUUUUGGAGAAGUCCUUCCCAGAGGGAGUCACCCCAAACGGUAAAACAGCUAUAG